AUGAAAAAGCCAAGGGCAAGGUUGGAGAAAUCAUUUCCUGCCCUUAGUGUCGACUCGAGUCGGAAGAGGCUAAUUACUUUUAAGGUGCCAGCUGAUAUGAACAUGUUAUCGGGUCCUAUUAGGGUAUCCAGCUAUCUGUAUCCUUUGGUGUCCCAAGAGGACCGUAAGAAAAUGACCGAGGUCGACGAAUCGUGCCUUUUCAACGAGGCUCAGCAAGCAUUGAAUCGGGCCUCCGUGCUUCACCAUGCAAGCUUUCACCGGCUUAAGCAUGAAGUGGGUCGACUCAAGGAGGAGCUCGAAAGUAAGAGUCAGGAGGUGGACGAGCUCAUGACUCUAUACGAAAAGAAUUUGCAGUAUAUCUCGUCUCUUCCUGAUCUUUCCAUCCUUAAAUCAGAUUUAGCAGCGGCUCGAAACGAAGCUGCCGAACGUGAUGUUCUCCGGGAGCAGCUUCGGUCGUCGGAGGAACAAAUGAACGGCCUUAACGCAUCACUUGCUGCGGCCGAAGUGGAAAGGGAUCGAUUGAGCCAGGUCAUCACCGAUCUUCAAGCUGAGCAUGGAAAGGCUCUCGAUCAGAUCUCAGGUUAUGACGACAUGUUAGAGCAGUACAAGGCUGAUGUGACUGCUGCCGAAAAGGCCAAUAAUCUUAGAGCUGAGUACGAGUGGUGUUUGUCCCGAAGGAAGACCCUCGAAGAAGUUCAGGCCACUGGUGUGGACUUAUCAAAUUUGAUCGAGGAAGCAAAAGAGCUUGAAGCAGAAGCAAAGGCUGCGUUCGACCCCGAGGAUUCAGAUAUCGAUCUUGAGUUAGCUGAUGAAGAGGCCGAGGGGUCGGAUGAAGAUUAG